AUGUCACUUGAACGAGUAACAUCGGGCGAGCCGCCGCGGUUCUUGCUUCUACUACCACCGACACCGUCACCUCCAAACACAGCGGCUUUAAAGUCAGCAUAUGGCGAGACUAUAAGCGAAGUUCUCAAAGAAGUUGCGACCCAUUCGUCCGACACCGACAAAGCCGCAGUCUUGGAGAUAGCGCUUGCAUGUCCACAUUUGAUCGAUGCGCAGGACAAGCCACGAUCGAGUUUAUAUGACGAGACUCAAGCCUUGGUCGCUGGCUUGUACAGGCUUGUGACGUCGACUGCGGCGAGAGAGAACAUCAACGUCGAGGAUCAUGAUGGAGUCGAUGUCCGAGUAAUUCUUGUUGCAUGGUCUUCCGAGAAGACAGCACGAUCACCACAGCAGAAGCCAUACGGUCCCAUUAUCGACAUCGAGACUUUGGCGAGAUCAGGCCGGCAGUGGCAAUUCGCUUUUGGUGUCGAGUCCGAGGCAGGUGCAGGUCUGGUCAAGGCAUUCGUAACUGCGAAAGGCAGUGCCGAAGAAAGCGUCGGAAGGGUGCAGAGCGGACCGGUCAUGAAUACCUCUGGAUCAGCGUCGAGCGAACAACCAUCAGCUACUGCGCCUUCAAAUCCGACGCAUGGGAAGCAUUUUGACACUUGCGUAGGGGGUACAUGGGACCACUUGCACAAUGGUCACAAGCUACUAAUCACCAUGACCAUCUUCGCUGUGGAUGAGCGGCCAGAGUCUGAAGAGCGGAGUGCGAGCGUGUGUGUUAGUGGAGAUCAACUCCACACGAAGAAGAAGCAUGCUGAGCUUUUGGAGAGCUGGACGGAACGUCAGAAAGCAGUUGCGACCUUCUUCAACGCCAUUGUCGACUUUUCGAACCCGGCGACGUCUGGACAACGUCAUGUCAGUAUACGUGACGAUCCAGGUCCAAACGGCAAAGGCAUCGAUGUUCAUUAUCCAAAUGGCUUGGUCGUGAAGUGUACAGAGUUCCAGGACGCCUUUGGACCUACCAUUACCGAUGAGCGAAUAUCAGCGUUGGUCGUGAGCACGGAGACGCGAGCAGGUGGUAAAGCAGUCAACGACAAGCGCAAGCAGCUGGGCUGGAAAGAGGUCGACCUGUUUGAGGUCGAUGUUUUAGAUGCGGAUGAAGAAGGCCCGAGCAAGGAUGGGUUCGAUGGCAAGAUCAGCAGCACAGCAAUUCGAGAGAAGCUUGCGCGUAAAGCUGGCGGCAAAAUGUGA